UUACUACAAAUACAUACGGCAUUCCUUGAAAAAUAAAACAAAUAAUUAAAUGUCCCCACAAAUAAUCUCACUGCAGAUUAGCUCCUGACUAAUCAAAGCUUUAACAAAAAACUCUUAAUACCCGUCUGAUAACAUCGUUCGUUCCCCUUCAUGUGAUAAUUUGGUGAGACAAAAGCCACACAAACAGACUGUAUUUGUUUACAGACUGAUUCUCAUUCACACUCAUCCUCAGUGACAGUAGAGCCGGAGGUCACGUGACCACAGAACAGCGCGAGACGGUGCAGCGCGAGACGGACACAACAGCCGCGGCUGCCGUUUGUCUCUAAUCUUCCUGAACCGAGUCCCGCUACAAACUUGGCAAACAUGGCUCUUAUCUCUAUUGAAGAUCUUGCUGAACUGGAUGAUGAGCAGUUAGAUGAGGAAGCCACUGACAACUCCCACCCAGCCAAUGAAGAGGAGGAGGAACGGCUGCUUGCUCACUGGCAGGCUGUGGGGCGGACGCAUCAGGUCGCCGUCCCAAGAGAGAUGACUGCACCAAUUGUGGAGAUGACGAGGAGGAAUCAGCAAUUGGAACAGGUUCCAUCUGUCACCAUAGCAACACAUGAAAAGAUGGGUGAGGUUGUCUAUGAGGAAAGGGUGUAUCCACCAGGAAAAUGGGCCUGUAUCACUGUUGGAGAAAAGAUGUAUGAACAGAGCAUCUCAGUUGGCUUCAUGAAACUCAUGCGCUUCAUCUGCAAUGAGAACUCUGCCGGUCGUUACUUGGGCAUGACUGUGCCUGUGGUGAAUGGAAUAACAAUGUUGGAGGAUGGAAGAGGCUUUGAAAGCGAGGUCCAGACUGCUUUCUACUUGCCUGCAGAGUUUCAGGCAAACCCUCCACAGUCUGCUGACCCAGACAUUACCAUCGUCCACAGGGACACGAUGCGAGUGAUCACCCGGGCUUUCUUUGGCACCACCACAGAGGAGACAGUCUCCCGGCAGAUCAACCUGCUGUGGGAGCUGCUGGGAACAUCUGAUGACAUUCACCAAGGCCAGUACAUGGUUGCUGUUUAUGAGAACCCUGGGGUCCCGUCCCGUCGAAACGAGAUCUGGUUCAUCUACCGGAACCCCUAAGGGGUUCUGCUUCUACACACACACACACACACACACACACACACAUGCACGCACACACACGCACACACACAGCCAUUGUUACAGCACCUCCCCUGUGGCACCAGAGAUAUAGACCGGGGAAAUAGGAUGAAUAGAACAGGAAAGGGCUUAAAUACUACCAACAGUAUUAACUCAGGCAACUGAGGAUUUAAGUGAAUAUUUAUAGGUCAUAUAAUAAAAAUGUAUUUUGCAUAUGAUAAAAAAUGCUAUUGUUCCAGUAAGAGAGAAUAAAUUCAUAAUUACAUCACAAAUAUUAAGUCACAUAUGAAGUGUACGAUAGGAAUCAGGGUAGAUACAGUCCUCAGGUAGCAUGUUUACACAGCUUGUAUUACUUUUGUUUUAGACUCCAAGCCUCAGUUCUUGCUUUACAAUUCCUCUCCAAAAUUUGACAAACUCAUGAGUGACCACGAGGGGGGCAUAUAACCCAGCCUUUUGUCCAGAACGUCACUAUUUCUGUUAGAUUGCCGAAUUGUGUUUCUGCAUCAAUUUUAUUUUACACUAAUUUGACACGGUUCAGCUUUGUCUACUUUGAUUUCUUUUAAAACAUGUCACUGCAUCACUGCAUCUUCUAUUAGCACCUCCCCACACACACCUACACACUUAUUGUCAGAUCUGUAAUAUUUUCUGCCGUCAUCAAUAGUUUAUGUGAGAAAACUGUAGAAGUGUGAAAUUCAGACUUCAAACUUAACUUCACUGUGUAUUAGUAGGAAUCUUUCAGGUAAUAUUACACUCCUUUUAAGACAUUUUUAACUAAAGCUUUUCCAUCAGCAAGACAGUUAUUUCAGGUUCUACAAAGUGCUACUCAUCAAGCGAAUGCUAACACAAUCACAGUAGGUAUUAAUGCACUAACUUACUUUUAUACAAACCAAAGCUUUAUGCAGCGUGACAAAUCAGAGGUGUUUUUACAGACGGUUUUUACUGUGACUGGAUUUAAAAUUCAACUGUGAUUUUAAAUUAUGAUCAAUAAGGUUAAGAAAAGAAUUUUUUUUUACAAACACAAAGCUGAAGAAAUAAACGAGAACAUGUAUGUAUUUCCCCCUGUAUAUGCCUAUUAGUUUGAAUAUUAAGAAUGAUCAUAUAUUUUAUUAACGGCAGUUAGUCUGUUUGACCACUAGGUGGCAAUCAUGACGAAUUUAGUGUAUUAGGAUGUGCUACAGAAUGGGACCAUUAAGCUGUAGAUACACUUUAUAGUGUAUGUCAAAAGAUAUUUUACCAACCUAUAAAUAAUCACUGAUUUGGUAACUUGAUCUGUUUUUUUUGGCAGAAUGUUCUCCUGUGUGUCACUUUCUUCCUUGUGUUUGUAUUUGUCUCAUAUUCACAUACACUUUCUACACUGGUGUUAUUUCUGUUGAAUAGAAUCAUAGCCUUAUUGUGUCUUUUACCAAAAAAGCAGCAGAUAUCAAUGUUAUAAAGUAGCUGGAGUUUGUUAUACUGUGGUGAUGUAAAGUUCACAUACUGUGGACCUUAAAGUGCAUAUAUUGUGGACAUUAGUUGUUGUUUUAUGCUUUUCCUCUGAUGAAUAAAGUGCAGCUCUGGUAACUUUC